GAGGGACUUCCCUUGCACACUGGCAAUUCAAGGUCACUGGUCUGGGACCCUGGCUCACAGCCCGGCACUACUGAGCUCAACGGGAAGGGUUUCUGCAUCAGUGGAUCCCGAGCUCUGGAGGAACAGACCUGGCCCCGGGGGUGCUGCCCCGGCCGCCACUGCCCACUCGGCUCCAUUGCUGGGGUGACUCAGCCCAGCACCCAUGCCAAGUCCCAGGCAGCUGGGAAGUGGGAGGAGCAGGCAGAGCCCACAGAGUGCUCUGGAGGGCAGAGGGGCCAUCAGUGGGACAGAAGCCCCUCCUUUCACUUUCUGUACCCCCUGGACAACCCGCACAACCAGAGAGGGGAGGGAACCACUCCUCCCUGACCAGAGUGGGCAGACUGGACAGGGUCCUGGCCCUGCCCCUGCUAUCGGCCAUGGCUCCCAAGCGCAAGUCCACUGUGCAGGCUGAGGGCCCUGAGAAGAAGAAGGGACGGCAGGGGGCAGAGGCGGACAGCUUCCGCUCCACUGCUGAGGCCCUCAGGGCCGCACCCACAGAGAAGCGUGCAGUCCGGGUGGACCCCGAGUGUCCCCUCAGCCGCAGUCCCGGGAACCAGGCCCAGGUGCACGGAGACUAUGACUGCACCCUGAACCAGACCAACAUCGGGAGCAACAACAACAAGUUCUACAUCAUCCAGCUGCUGGAGGACGGUGACCGCUUCUUCUGCUGGAACCGCUGGGGCCGCGUGGGCGAGGUGGGCCAGUCAAAGCUCAGCCCCUUCGAUUCCCUGGACGAUGCGAAGAAGGACUUUGAGAAGAAGUUUCGGGACAAGACCAAGAACAGCUGGGCAGAGCGGGACCACUUUGUGGCACAUCCCGGCAAGUACACGCUGAUCGAAGUGCAGGGAGAGGACGAGACCCAGGAGGCUGUGGUGAAGGUUGACGGAGGCCCGGUGAGGACCGUGGCUCAGCGGGUGCGGCCCUGCUCCUUGGACGCAGCCACACAGAAGCUCAUUACCAACAUCUUCAGCAAGGACAUGUUCACGGACGCUAUGACCCUCAUGAACCUGGAUGUGAAAAAGAUGCCCCUGGGAAAGUUGAGCAAGCAGCAGAUCGCACGGGGCUUCGAGGCCUUGGAGGCCCUGGAGGCGGCCCUGAGAGCCCCCACCGCUGGGGGCCCCAGCCUGGAGGAGCUGUCCUCCCGCUUCUACACUGUCAUCCCCCACAACUUCGGCCGCAGCCGGCCCCCGCCCAUCAACUCCCUGGAGCUUCUGCAGGCCAAGAAGGACAUGCUGCUGGUGCUGGCCGACAUCGAGCUGGCCCGGAGCCUGCAGACAGCGCCCGAGGAGGAGGAGAGGGUGGAGGAGGUGCCACACCCAGUGGACCGAGACUACCAGCUCCUCAGGUGCCAGCUCCAGCUUCUGGACCCAGAGGCGCCUGAGUACAAGGUGAUCCACACCUACUUAGCACAGACGGGCACCAGCUACAGGUGCCCUGCUCUUCAGCACGUCUGGAAAGUGAACCGAGAAGGGGAGGGAGAUCGGUUCCAGGCCCACGGCAAGUUGGGUAACCGGAGGCUGCUGUGGCACGGCACCAACGUGGCGGUGGUGGCCGCCAUCCUCACCAGCGGGCUCCGCAUCAUGCCGCAUUCUGGUGGCCGUGUGGGCAAGGGCAUCUACUUUGCCUCGGAGAACAGCAAGUCAGCAGGCUACGUUACGGGCAUGUCCUGUGGGGACCACCGCAUCGGCUACAUGUUCCUGGGGGAGGUGGCACUCGGCAGGGAGCACCAUAUCACCACAGACCAGCCCGGCUUGAAGAAGCCACCCCCCGGCUUUGACAGUGUCAUUGCCCGAGGCCACACAGAGCCCGAUCCAUCCCAGGACACGGAGCUGGAGCUGGAUGGCCGGCGAGUGGCGGUGCCCCAGGGCCAGCCCACGCCCUGCCCCGAGUUCAGCGGUUCCUCGUUCUCCCAGAGCGAGUACCUCAUCUACCAGGAGAGCCAGUGCCGCCUGCGCUACCUGCUGGAGGUGCGCCUCUGAGCUGGGCGCCCUCCCCGUGCCCCGGCCCAGCUGGGGAGAGGCCGUCAGCCUCCACCUUCCCGGCCACCUCUGGCUCCCGAAGUCACCCCUGCUUGCCCCCCAUCUCCCUGCCGUGUUCAGGACAGGGAUCCCCUCUCCCUCCCCAGCCCUAGUGGGGCUGCGGUCCCAGAGUCUCGCCCCGAAGCUGAUGGGUGGGAUGGACCGGCAGCAUCACUGGGCCGUGGGCGCACCUGUUCCCGCUGUGUAGUUAGAGGGGUGCAGGGUGAGAGUGGGCCGACCCCACACCCACCCGGGUUCCAUCCCAGCCCAGGCUGCCCAUCCACAGAAUGCAGUCACCAAUGUAGGCUGAACUUCAGGCACGCACAGGCAAGUUCAUUAAACACUGUCUUUGCUCAUCCCA